AUGUACCCAGAAAUGGAUGUCACAGAUUAUCAAAUCGACGCUCUCAGUCCAGGUCACUUAGCUGCUGACCCAGCUGCUGACCUCCGACCCGUCGUGCAUACGAUCCAUAGCGGAGACAGGGUAUCUGGACGAGGCACGAUGAUCCCUCAGUCGAAGUUCCGCCCUCUGAACCGCGACGUCGCGGACCAUGGCGACCGCGCUAUCGAUUCCAGUCUUCGACACGAACCGGUCUACUUCAACAGUACAAACUCCGAUGUCGGGAUCGGCAUUGCUCUUUCGGAUGCUUUGGCGGGGAAGUACGAGAGACUGGAGGGCCGUGACGACCGUCUAUUCAUGCAGUGCGGCCCCUCGAUUUCUGUACGCAUUAGCUGGGCUGGGUGCUACCCACCUUGGGCACGCCAGAUCCCGACGCGCGAUUUCAAGAACUCUUCUGGCCCGGUUACGCGCUCGAAGGUGGCGAAGAAUGUGGCGUGCUCCAUGCAGCGCUUUAUCGACGAGAUGAACUGUCGGGCGCUCGAAGAGGAUGCGGACCCGAGCUGGGCGGUUGGACGGGCGCGUAAUGGGAUUGUGCUGGAGGAUCUUGCGUUUGUGAAGCUGGAGCAUGUGUCGCGGGGUAACUGGCUGGUUUAUCUUUGUCUGGCUAGUCCCAGUAUUGAGAAAGGACCUGACUAUGGCGGCCAUGCGUAG